GGUGUCUAUUUCAUCCCCAAGGAGAGAUGGAACCAACAGUCAAUUACGACCUUCUUGGUGUAGAGAGAGACGCUCAAACGAUCCGACUCCUGCAAGUUGUACCGGCUACUCUGAUGGUGUAUGACUAUGGUCGAAUAUAUUUGGAAGAAACGGUUCUCAAUCAUCUCAGUCAUUUAUCUCAUAUUUCGAUACUUCGGCAUCCUAUAUAUACUGUUUUCCAUGGCAGAAUUCAUUGCGAAUGAAAAUUCUACCAACAAGGCAGUUACUCAUGAUUUCCCUGCCGUCGACAUGUGGUUCAGUUGCUUAGCUUACUGGUUUGUCCAAAUUAUUUUGGUAUUGCGGCUCUACGUUCUGUAUAGCGGCUCACGGAAGGUUCUACUCGCGGCAGUCUCAGGCUUGGCUGCAGAAGCCAUCGUCAUGAUCGUGUGCGUGGCACUUCUUACGAUUUCCGCAGACGAAAUCCUAUUGAACCUCGGGUUCAAAGUCAGCGCGUUCCCUGAUGUAGCCCUCAAAAUCUACGUCAAUUAUUCCGCUAUGAUAGCGUGCGAAUGCCUAUUGUUUUCGCUCGCUUUCGCUGCAGCCGUCCGGCGGCAUCGAGAGAAGCUCGGACCUCUCCCCGCCAAUUGGAAUGGAGUAAAACGCCUAAAGGACAUUCUCAUCGAAGGAAAUGUGCUUUACUUUCUUGUGAUCAUGCUUUAUUCCAUUGUAUACCUAGUAAUAUCACUCACCCUUCCUGUUGAAUGGCUCCUUGGAAUACUCUCCCUCGGAGCUUCCUUCACAAUCCUUAUUGGCUGUCGCCUUAUCUUGCAUGUCCGAAGCGCAGCUUCACAACUUCGCAUUUCGUCAUACGUAACUGACGAGGACGGUCCAGCUCCCUCAUGGCCCUCCAUAGCCUUCUCGUACACAACUGGCAGUUGUACAUCUUGUUGAUUUGUGUUCUCCUAUCGAAGUAGGGUACUAUCCGAGACCGUCGUGUAGCCGAAUUGAACGCCAUUUAAGGCCAAAUUCCCUCAGUACUAUCAUAGU